CUACAUCUCAGAGGUACAUGUACUUUUUACUCCACUACAUCUCAGAGGUACAUAUUGCACCUUUUGUACAGUGUGGUAUUGAUACUUUGAGUUAAGUAAAGGAUCUGAAUACUUGUACUUCUUGACCUUUUGUCUCUGCUGUCUGCAGCGAUGUGACUGAUGUGAAGUGACUCCACAGAGGAGAGGAGAUGAUGAGAUAAAUUCGAGGAACUUCUAAGGCAGAAUGUCCUCGGGCCACAGGCAGCGGGACGUAGAUCCGCAGCGCCCCCUGCUGGACGGGGAGGAGGAGGACGAGGAGGAGAAGGCGGCGGUGGCGUUGGAGUUGGAGAGGAGUUCCCGCGGUGAGGACGAGCGACGGCUCUGGUUCAUCCAGGACUGCUGCGGCAUGGUGUGCGCCUUCAUCACCUGGUUCCUGGUCUUCUUCGCCGACUUCGUGGUCACCUUCGUCAUGCUGCUGCCCUCCAGGAGCUUCUGGUACGCCGUGGUCAACGGGGUGCUGUUCAACAGCCUGGCGGUGCUGGCGCUGGCCUCGCACCUCCGCACCAUGCUGACCGACCCGGGAGCCGUUCCUAAAGGAAACGCCACUAAGAAGUACAUGGAGAGUCUGCAGCUGAAGCCCGGAGAGGUCAUCUACAAAUGUCCAAAAUGCUGCAGCAUCAAACCAGAGAGGGCUCAUCACUGCAGUAUCUGUAAGCGCUGCAUCCGUAAGAUGGACCACCACUGUCCCUGGGUCAACAACUGUGUCGGGGAGAAGAACCAGCGCUUCUUCGUCCUCUUCACUAUGUACAUCUCUAUGAUCUCCAGUCACGCUCUGGCUCUCUGUGGGUACCAGUUCAUCACCUGCGUCAGAGUCCAGUGGAGAGAGUGCAGUGACUUCUCCCCGCCGGUGACCAUGAUGCUGAUGAUCUUCCUCUGCAUGGAAGCCCUCCUCUUCUUCACUUUCACAUCUGUGAUGUUCAGCACUCAGCUCCACUCCAUCUGCAACGACGAGACGGAGAUCGAGCGUCUGAAGAACGAGAAGCCCACGUGGGAGCGCCAGACUCGCUGGGCUGGUCUGAGGUCAGUGUUUGGAGGCCGCCCCUCUCUGCUGUGGGUCAGUCCCUUCGCUGGACUCAAACUACCAACCCUGCUCCCCAGACGCAGCUGGAGGGGCGGGGCAGAGUUCUCCGUCUGACGAGCUGUCAAUCAAAUCGCCCGACCAACCACAGCGCUGGUGAAGAACCCAAAGAGUCCAGAUGGGUUCUGCAGAGACUUCUGAGCCGGAGAGAAGAACCAGGUUCAGACCACAAGAUGUUUGGGCUCCAUCUUUAAAUCUUUUACCUCCUUCCUGUCAGCUGGGUGGGGGGGGGGGGGAAUGUACAUCCUGGUACUUAAGACCAACAAAACCAGGACCCACAUGACGCUACUGGAGGUCUAAAACUCAACGGGAAGCUUUUAAAGAAAUCAUGUUUGAAUUCUUCCAUCAAUACGUUAAACAUUUAGAUGUUUUCAAUCCCAAAAAUUCCUCUUUUUUUCUUUCCUUAAAGGUGCAAUUUUAGUUUAAAACAAUCAAAACAUGAACGAACAUCAUGAGAAUGUGAAGAUUUACAGUGUUGACGUCUACGUAAUGUGUUGCAGAGACAUCUACUGAGAUUAGCAUGCUAACCAGCUAGCGUCAGCCCGUCCUGCCUGUUUAAUACCACCUGUACCGGUAGAGAGUCACUGAAGGUGACGGUUCAGGUUCUUAUUCGACUAACAUUCGACUUUGACGAUUUAAUCGUCAGAUCUGCAAAGUUUCUCCACAAAGAAUCAAACUAAAGCACCACUUUAAAUGUUUACCAGAGAUGUGCUCUUAAGUUAUUUGGAAAUAAGAAAAUGACUAAUUGACUCAUUAAAUGUUAGUCGAUUGAGACCAAAAGUACUUCUCAGUCGUUAGUGUUUCUAUUGGAGUAGAUGUCGCUAACUCCAGUUAGCUCAAAUUCAGCCGAUGCUAACUACAGAUUGAGAUAUCAGCGUUAUUUUGACCAGCUCUCUGACUUUCAGCAGUUUGGUUGACUUUAGCGUGCAGUUGUCUUUUUAUUAAUAACUAAUAAAUGUGGAUUUUAUUUAUUUAGAGGGAAUUUAUCAACUUAUCAAUUUAUAUCAACUUCAGUUCAAAUGAGACGCAACGAUGGAACAACCAGAGGCUUUGCAGUGUGCUGGUGCAGCUCAUUGGUUGUUUCUUCUGCGAUGAAAACUCUUUUCUGGCUGCGUGAACUACAAACCACGGAGCGUCAGUGGCCUUUGAUUGUUUAAUUUAUUGGACAAAUGGUUACGACACAAACGUUUAAAUAAAAGUCUCUUUGGAUGUUGUUUCCUCAGAAUACACGACACAUUUUUGAGUUCAAUCACAAACCUCUUUUACCUUUUCCUGUUUGUUUUUUGUGAGUCUUCUCGACGACUCAAAUGUCUCGUUACAACUCGCUGAAAACCACCUGAGCCCUCUAAAGGUUUCAUUCACAGAGAAGUGAUCGUAAAGGUUGUUGUUCCUAAACUCCACCGGUGUUCCUCGUGAAUGUCGUAAAUGCUGAACUAACAUCCUGUCUAACCUUCAUCCUCAGCUGUACUUUGUGUUUAGUGUGAAUUUGUAAAUAGCAACAUGCUAGCACGCUAAACCGAGAGCCGGGUGAAUGUUACAGCAGCAGGUUAGCAUUUAGCUCAAAGCAGGCACAGUGAUGCUAACAGCCUCACAGAGCUGCUAGCAUGGCUGCUGACUCGUGAGUCUUGUUUACUUUCAGAAACUCAUCAGAACUACAAAUAUGUAAUAGUGGACUAUCUGCUCUGUUGAUGAAUGAUCUUUAAUCACUUGUUGGUGCCACUUAAGAACAAACGAACGGUUCCUUCAUGAAGGCUCAGCUCUCUCUGACACUUCUACUGUUUGGAAAAUGUAAACUGCUGUUUGAUGUUUGUGGAGAACAGGAAAUGCUUUGGUCUGUAUGUGACGUCGGUACAAUCUGUCUCAAACUACAACCACCAAUCAGGACCGGCCGGCUGGUUUCAAAGUGUUUCUCUGGUUACGUCAUGCUUCCUCCUCCUGCUGCUGCUGCUCAGGGGAGUUUUAUUUACUGUUUUUUCAAUAAAUUAUCUUCCACAAACUCUUUUAAAAGUAUUUUUUUACUUCUCCAAAUUUAAUCAGAGUGUCUGCAGGUCCUGAAAAACGGUCUUGAAUUGUCUUAAACACAGAAAAAAGCCAAUCAGUGCCGUGCUGCAGAUAUUUGUUUUUAAUUGUUCUGAUAUUUAAAUAAAAGAUCCUUAAGUCUAAAUUCAAACCUGAUGGAAAUAGAGAGAAUGUGUCAUUUUACAGAAUGUAUUUGAGCGGCUGUACUAUAUUUGUUAUGAGAGAUUUCGGAGCCUUUUUAUAAGUUGAUUAAAGUGAGUUUCUUUCUACCUCUUUAAAGAAUCUCAGCUUCUCUCUGGUUUUUAUUUCGUCUAGAUUCUUUUUGUUCUGACAGUUUAACGCCAAGAUA